AUGGGGACGCAUGGGAAUUCGGUAUUGUGGGAACACCUCCCAAGGAUGGAUAGGAGGUUGAUGCCUACGGAUGGGAUUUUUUGUGUUUUACGGGAUAACCACUGGAUCUGCGACACUUUUGUGCUCGCCCGUAGAUCGAUGGUAUCCUGUCAAAUUCUUCAACAAACUGUUACAAUUUCUUUGCACAUUUACCUCAAGGCCUACCAGCCUACCACCAAUGAUCCGCCCGCCUCAUUGUCUCUGAACCCAAAAAGUCAACAACGACGAGGGCUCGAGGCAUCCGCCCCAUGUAUUCGCACCAAGACUGAUGAUCCCCCUGAGGAAAAGCAAACGUUUACUUGGAAGAAAGGGGUCCAGACUCGGAAGUAA